AUGAUGCAAAUGCAACAGCAUCAGGGCCAGGUGCCCCCGCCCCCUCCGCCGCCGCCUCAGUUUGCGCCAUCACAUCAGAUCGCGGCGAUGAAUGAGGCUGUUUGGUUGCAAAUAGGGAGCUAUGCCGAGGUUCUGCGCAAUGCAGAUGAAGCCAUGCACGCAUACGAGCGCGCUCUCCAGGCUAACCCCAACUCAAGCCAGGCCAUGAACGCAAUUGGCCUACUCUACAAGACCCGUGAAGCUUUCGAGAAGGCGCUAGAGUUCUUCCGCGCCAUCGUUCAGCUUGAGCCCAACAACGGCGAAGCUUGGGGAAACCUCGAAAAUCUUCAAAAGGCCUACGAUGCAUACCAACAGGCUUUGGUAAACUUGAGAGACCCUAAGACAACGCAGGAUCCUAUGUUGUGGUAUGGUAUAGGUAUACUGUAUGAUCGAUAUGGCAGCUACGAUUACGCUGAAGAAGCGUUCUCUCAAGUUAUGAACAUACAGCCUGAUUUCGAGAAAGCAAAUGAGAUCUACUUCCGACUCGGUAUAAUAUACAAACAACAGAACAAGUGGGUUCAGAGUCUUGAGUGUUUCAAAUACAUUGUCAAUUCUCCUCCUGGUCCCUUGACGCAGGAAGACAUCUGGUUCCAGAUUGGCCAUGUCCAUGAGCAGCAGAAGGAUUUCGAUAGCGCUAAGGCUGCCUACCAACGUGUCCUCGACCAUUCACCCAACCAUGCUAAAGUUCUUCAGCAGCUUGGUUGGCUGCAUCACCAGCAGAGCAACACCUAUGAGAGCCAAGAUAGAGCCAUCCAAUAUUUGGAGAAGUCGGUCGGCGCAGACAAUCAAGAUGCCCAGAGUUGGUAUCUCUUGGGCCGAUGCUACAUGUCGCAGCAAAAGUAUCCAAAAGCCUAUGAGGCUUACCAACAAGCUGUUUAUAGAGAUGGAAAGAAUCCAACUUUCUGGUGCUCCAUCGGUGUGCUUUACUAUCAAAUCAACCAGUACAGGGACGCACUUGACGCUUAUUCUCGCGCCAUCAGGCUGAACCCUUAUAUCUCAGAAGUUUGGUAUGAUCUGGGAACUCUGUACGAAAGCUGCAACAAUCAGAUUACGGAUGCUUUAGAUGCUUACCAGCGUGCUGCUGAGCUUGACCCUAACAACCCCCAUAUCAAGGCAAGACUUCAGCUCCUUCGCUCUGGUGGUACCAACGGAGGACCUCCUCCUGCUCCUCAGCCUGCAGAUGUUCACCCGCAAGCUUACCAGGCCGCUGGUCCCGUUGGACCACAAUGGGGAGGAUCAACUCAACAGCCGCCUGCUGCCGGUCCUCCACCACCUCCUCAAGGCCCCGGAGAGAACUGGGCGGGCAGACUGUCUAACAUCAACCCUCCACCGCAACCCCCCAAUCCCUAUGAAGCCCGAGGCGAGCCUUUCCGUGGAGGACCUGCACCACCUCUGCGACAACCUAGCCCUCAGCAAGAGCAGUUGCGCCAGCCCUAUAACGACCCCAACCGAGGCGGCCCUCGCCGUGGUCAAACACCCCCUCCUCCCGGCCAUCAAUACUCUCAACCACCGCACGCUCCUCCACAAUCCCAGCCUUCUGCUCCCGCUUCUGAGCGACGAGUCGCAAAUCCUAACUGGGGUGGAGCGACACCGUCAGCAUCAGCACCCCCACCCAGCAACAUCAAUGGUCCCAACGGCAUGGCUCCUUUCCGACCUACCAACAGCCCUAGACCCGAUGGCCGCCCUGUUCAUGACAACCGCAUGCCUUCGCCAAAAUCUGCAUACCCUCAGCACCAAGCCCCUCCUCUGUAUCCUCAACAUCCUGAGAUGGCUGCUCAGGGAACUGAGAAUGGCCCUCAAGGACCAUCCGGGCCGCCAGGACCGCCUCCUCCACCCGCAGUGGCGGAGGCUGCCAUGCAGAGAAUGGAUGACCGGCCACCUUCAGUCGGCCCCAAGCGUAUGCGAGAGUGGGAAGAAGAAUCUGCUGCCAAGAAGCAAGCCAGUGAGGAAAACCGAGUUCGACUCGAUGACAUGCGUCAUCGAAGACCGUCAACUCCUCCUCGUGAUAACUAUCGUCGUAACUCUUCCGAAAUUCGACGGGCCGAUGAUACUCGCCGACCUGAUGAACCACGCCGCGAGGAACCCCGCAGACCCGAAUCAGCACCUCGCCAUGCCACUGAGAGCUAUCAUCCCUCAGAAGCAGCCCACCACCCCCCGAGCCACGCCCCUGGUCCCAGCCACUUACCACCAAUGCAGCAGCCACCUACUCCGAUGUCUGGCGUUGUUCAUGAGAAGCCACCAGUAUCUGCUACACCCAAAGAAGAUCGUCCCCCAAGUCUGGAACAUGUUCCUCCACCUACUCGCGCAGCCCCCCCUACAGAGCCUGAAAGGGCAGCAAGAAAGAUGGACGUUGACGAGGACUAUGAUGACAGUGGGGAAGACGAGAAGAAGGCGACUAUUGUCACAAAUGGCUCUGGUCCUAGUUCGGCAGCUGGAGAUGCCAAGACAUCCACUCCCGCGAAUGCUGGUGUAAACGGAGUUUCUGGUACCAUCACAAAAGUUGAAUGA